CAGACGCACAUCUGUAGUGCUUACUAUCGACUAAUAUGAAUUAAACUACACGUCCCGACGUCACGUCACGGCCGCUGAUAAUUGUUGUGAAUAUGUAAUUGCGCUCGUACGACUGGUUGCUUCUAAAUUUGGCUUUCUACAGUCGGUGAGGUGGUCGCUCCGCCGCCGCCGCCGCGCGAGGAAUGUGAAGCUUAACGGAGGCUGUAGGACAUAAAGCGAUAAAUGCGUGACAACGGGACGCGGCGGGGAAGCGCAGGCGUGGACGCGGAGGGUCGCGAUGAGCGCCAAAUUGAUGCUUCGUAGAGAAAAUACGAGAAAAUAAACGGAUUCGCUGUUAAACGCAGAGGACGAGCGUUCAGCUUUGUGCGUGAACAACAACGCACUGGAUUUUUUUUUCAAGAAGACUGACACAACACCUGUUUUCAUUACCGGCCUGGAAGGACUUUUGAAAUACCGACUUACUGUUUUUGCAAAGCCCAAAGUCCGACGAUGCUUCCACUCUUCACGAAAGCGGCACGUAGUCCCCACGCCGGCCGCUGACUGACCUUUUACGCACGGGCAGAAAUCCGUGCUCGCGCGCUUUCUUUUCGUUUUCAUGUGGGCGAACUUUGCGACACGUCUUUAAUGAUUCGAGAUCUGAGCAAGAUGUACCCCCCGGCGCGGCAUCCGGUCCCCCACCAGCCGGGACAGCCUUUUAAAUUCACCGUCUCUGAGUCCUGCGACCGGAUCAAGGAGGAGUUCCAGUUCCUCCAAGCGCAGUAUCACAGUCUGAAGCUGGAGUGUGAGAAACUGGCCAGUGAGAAGACUGAGAUGCAGAGGCACUAUGUUAUGUACUAUGAAAUGUCGUACGGACUAAACAUCGAGAUGCACAAGCAGGCGGAGAUCGUCAAGCGGCUGAAUGCGAUCUGCGCCCAAGUCAUCCCCUUCCUCUCUCAAGAGCACCAGCAGCAGGUGGUGCAGGCAGUGGAGAGGGCCAAGCAGGUCACCAUGGCUGAGCUCAACGCCAUCAUAGGACAGCAGCAGCUCCAGGCUCAGCACCUGUCCCAUGGCCACGCCAUCCCAGUGCCCCUCACGCCCCACCCCGCCGGGCUCCAGCCCCCCCUGCCCCCCGGGGCCAGCACUGCCAGCCUGCUGGCGCUUUCCUCCGCCCUGAGUCACCAGCUGCCGCUCAAAGACGAGAGGAAACACCACGACAGCAACAGCGAGCACCCCAGAGACAGAGAUUCAGUCAAGAGCUCGUCUGUGUCCCCGUCAGCCAGUUUUCGAACUGGAGAGAAACACAGGAGUUCCGGCGAUUUCCCCUCUGACAGCAAAAAACAGAAGACAGAGGAGAAGGAGUUGACUUCUACACGUUACGAAAGUGAUGGAGAGAAGAGCGAUGACAACCUGGUCGUGGAUGUCUCCAAUGAGGACCCGGCGUCUCCUCGAGGAAGUCCUGCCCACUCUCCUCGGGAGAACGGCUUGGACAAGAGUCGCCUGUUGAAGAAGGAUGCCCCCUUGAGCCCCUCCUCCAUCGCCUCCUCCAGCAGCACACCUUCAUCCAAGUCUAAAGAGAUUAAUCUGAAUGAGAAAUCCACAACACCUGUGUCCAAGUCCAGCACCCCCACAUCGCGCUCGGAUGCCCCCACCCCCAGCAGCACCGCCACCCCUGGCCUGAGGUCAGCACCUGGCAAGCCCUCGGCUGUGGAGACCCUGGCCCCCGGCCUCCGGACGCCGCUGGCAGUGCCCUGCUCGUACCCCGGGCCCUUUGGGAUGGUCCCCCACCCGGGGAUGAAUGGGGAGCUGAGUGGAGUGGGGGCAGCUUACACCGGCCUCCAUAACAUCUCCCCGCAGAUGAGCGCGGUGGCGGCGGCCGCAGUGGCCGCUUACGGUCGCACGCAAGUGGUGGGAUUUGAUCCUCAUCACCACAUACGCGUCCCGGGCCUUCCGCCCAACCUGUCGGGCAUUCCUGGGGGAAAACCGGCCUACUCCUUUCACGUGAGCGCCGAUGGACAAAUGCAGCCCGUGCCUUUCCCUCCGGACGCCCUGAUAGGCCCUGGCAUCCCGCGCCACGCCCGGCAGAUCAACACCCUCACCCACGGGGAGGUGGUGUGCGCCGUCACCAUCAGCAACCCGACGCGGCACGUGUACACGGGAGGCAAGGGCUGCGUCAAGGUGUGGGACAUCAGUCACCCCGGCAACAAGACGCCGGUGUCCCAGCUGGACUGCCUUAACAGAGACAACUACAUCCGCUCCUGUCGACUGCUGCCUGACGGGAGGACUCUCAUCGUCGGGGGCGAGGCGAGCACCUUGUCAAUCUGGGAUUUGGCCACGCCCACUCCCCGGAUAAAGGCGGAGCUAACCUCGUCGGCGCCUGCGUGCUACGCGCUGGCCAUCAGCCCCGACUCCAAGGUCUGCUUCUCCUGCUGCUCCGACGGGAACAUAGCGGUCUGGGACCUCCACAACCAGACGCUGGUCAGGCAGUUCCAGGGCCACACCGACGGGGCCAGCUGUAUAGACAUCUCCAACGACGGCACCAAGCUGUGGACCGGAGGUCUGGAUAACACUGUGCGGUCCUGGGACCUCAGAGAGGGACGGCAGCUGCAGCAGCACGACUUCACUUCUCAGAUCUUCUCGCUGGGAUACUGUCCAACGGGCGAGUGGCUGGCCGUGGGGAUGGAGAACAGCAACGUGGAGGUGCUGCACGUCACCAAACCCGACAAGUACCAGCUGCACCUGCACGAGAGCUGCGUGCUGUCGCUGCGCUUCGCUCACUGUGGUAAAUGGUUUGUGAGCACUGGAAAAGACAAUCUGCUGAACGCGUGGAGAACCCCGUACGGAGCCAGCAUCUUCCAGUCGAAGGAGUCGUCGUCGGUGCUGAGCUGCGACAUCUCGAUAGACGAUAAGUACAUUGUGACGGGCUCAGGAGACAAGAAGGCCACGGUCUACGAGGUCAUCUACUAGGAGCGCCGCGGCCGCGUCUCCUCGUGAACGAGUCGUGUAUGAAGUGGAUUUGAAUGGGGCAAACCGAGCCCGUCUUGGACUGCGAGCGUUCGGCCGCCGCGGAUCAGAACAGACCAACAGAACCAAGCACAGAUUGUUUUGUGCACGUGUGUGUGUGCUUAUUUUAGUGAGGACAAGUGAAUGUGGACUGCACUUGAUCUGGAGUGGAUGCUGUGUGUGCAGCACGGGUCAGGUAACAUUCCUUUAUAUACUGUACUCCAACACCUUACAUACAGCAUACAUAAGCCUGUGGUACAUUUGUUUUUCUCCCAGUGCGUAGACAGCAGUUGACCACUGUUCACAUACAAUGCUUUGACCACACAUAAGGCCCAACGUGUGCAGACAAGCAGCCCAGUGAUUAUCCUCCUACAGGACUGGUUUUCAGACUGCGCCAGGAAAGAGGCGCUGGCGACGACUUACCCCUGAAAUGAGUUUGUUUUUUCAGCCGAUACAUUUCACAUGCUCCUAAUUGUGUUUUGUCAAAGUGAGAAUGGUGCAAAAGGAUGCAGAAUAAAAAGGGUUAAUCAUUCUGUGUUUGCCAGCCUGUUACAAGAGGCUUUUAUUAAAAUGUGCUCCAAAGGCUUUAUAUUCAUUUUUUUUUGUUAUUUAACUUAAAUCUACCCCAGACCUUCCAAAUUAUAAUCUUCCACAUAUAAAAAUCCAAGCAACAACAAGCAAACUUUAAUUCAUAACAGAUUCAUGUUGAGCAUAAAGUUCCCUUUUAGUACCAGGUCAUUUAACGUCAGCUGUGUGAACACGUUGGUUUUCAUUUUCUUGGACAGGAUUCAUCUAAACUUUAGUUAAAAAUUCACUUUAAUUCAUUUCAAGCUAUAGCAGUAUAAUGUACCUUCAACGUUUCUUCCAGUUUUCUGCCAGUGUUUCUUAUUUUUUUGAUUUGGAGCGAGGUGUGAAUUUUGCCUGCCUGUGUGUUCAUGUGUUCAUGUGUGAGCCUGUCUGUUCAUGUGUUCAUGUGUGAGCCGUGUGUUAAUGUGUGAGCCUGUGUUUUCAUGUGUUCAUGUGUGAGCCUGUGUUUUCAUGUGUUCAUGUGUGAGCCUGUGUUUUCAUGUGUUCAUGUGUGAGCCUGUGUGUUCAUGUGUUCAUGUGUGAGCCUGUGUGUUCAUGUGGUCAUGUGUGAGCCCGUGUGUUCAUGUGUUCAUCUGUGAGCUCGUGCGUGUGGAGCACACAGGCCAGGUUGUGCUCGCUGCCCUCGCUGUCUCGUGCACUUGCUUCCGCGCCCCCUCAGUUCAGGCUCCUCUGGAUGCUCUGCACAUUCUGUGUAGGAAGGUGUUGCGAGGCCGACGCAGUCCUGUUUCCUGCCUGGUCUUUCUUUCUUUCUUUCUUUCUUUCUUUCUUUCUUUCUUUCUUUCUUUCUUUCUUUCUUUCUUUCUUUCUUUCUUUCUUUCUUUCUUUCUUUCUGUCUUUCUUCUUUCUUUCUUUCUUUCUGUCUGUCUGUCUUUCUGUCUUUUUUUGGGCAGAGUUUAUUUAAAAAGCAAGUGGUCAGCGAUGCAGCUGUGAUGUCUCCUGGGUUUCCUUCUCCCGGCUUGUAGAAAUAACACAGUGCCUUUAUGCAGCGAGGCUUCGGCCCAUCUCGUCCUGCUCAGUGUUCAGCUGCACAAGCCUGAGUGUGACUGUUUGAAGCCUGGGACCAGCUACAGUCUCUGAUUCUUUGUUGUGUGCUUCAGUUCUGCUUCAGGUGCAGACGUGUUCUAAAAAACGUGCUGGAAGGUUCAUGCAGACAUCACACCACAAGACAGCGUCCAGAGAAUUAGUUUAUGCUUUAUCUCAAUGCUUGACUACAUGAGGGGAAUAACGGUCACGCUCCACAUCAACUUCUCUUUCAGUUUCUCUGCAUAAAAUCAGUGUCGCGUAAUCAGAUCAUUUCUGUGCUUGAAAUCACAAAACAUCAAACAGGUCCUUCUCCACUUUUAGCAUUCGUGCUACAAAUGUUUUUGUACAUUUACUGAAUUUCAUAAGACAGAGGUCUUCUGACACAGAGGUAAAGAAACUGCAGCGUCUUCAGAGGAAAAGGUGUUUUUUCCCGUGUUUUUUUCUUCGCUGAUGUGUUUGCGACCCGGUCAUGAGGUCGCCGUGUUGUCGCCGUGUUGUCGCCGUGUUCACUCCGUCUCGUGCUUUCUUUCUAGAUUUGACACAUGUCCGUGUUGGUGGCAGUCAUUGGCUCUGCUCUGCUUUCUGCUCGUCAGAGUUCUGGCACCUCGUACACCAUCCAACAAUCUGAAGGAUUCUUCUUUAUUAAUAAUGGAAACUAAGCUGAAUGUUACUCAUCUGAAGGCUAUACGUUAGCUGGCUAACACGACCAAUACGACACAAUGUAACAUACAAUGAGGAGCAUUUAGCUUGACUGGACUCAUGAAAGUAUUAUACAUUUACUGUAAACAUGUAACAAUUCCAGCUUAAAGUGGAACUUCCUGUUGCUAGUGGAGCUUCUUUCCUUUGAUACUAAAUGCCUUUGCUCUUUUUUUCUAGUCUGUGGUUGAUUUUAAUAAAUUAUUGUGUGGA